GGAAGAUCUCGCUAUGCUGACAAUGGAGCGUUAUGGAAAAAAGGGGUCGUAAUGUAUCUCAUGUGACAAGAGUCAUACAAUCAGCAGUUAAUGAAGUGGAGAAAUGGGCGAACAAAUGGAGUUUGCGACUUUCGGUGACUAAAACUCAGCUAGUUUGUUGUGCGAAGAGGAAUCAUAUUCCAGAAAUAAAAGUGAAGUUAUAUGGAUAAGUACUUGAACAAGUUAAAGAUAUAAGAUAUCUAGGAAUAUGGAUGGAUUCCAGGUUGACCUUUAAGAUACAUAUUCAGAAGUUGAUUGAUAAGUGCAAAAAAAGUAAUAAUAUACUUAGAUGUGUAACAGGAAUGGAAUGGGGAGCUAGUAGAAAAUCUUUAUUAAGAAUAUAUAGUGCACUGAUUAGGUCAGCAAUUGAUUACGGAUGUAUAAUUUAUGGAUCUGCUUCUAAAUCCUUGAUUAAAAAAGUAGAAAUUGUUCAGGCACAAUCUUUAAGAAUAUGUAGUGGAGCUUUCAGAUCUUCUCCAGUAUCAGCCAUACAAGUGGAGGUUGGAGAAAUGCCUAUAAGUUUACGAAAAUUUAAAUUAACUAUGAAUUAUUGGAUAAAUGUAAAAGGGCAUUCAGAAUUACAUCCUGUAAAGGACAUAUUUAAGGAUUGCUGGGAAUAUGGGAAAAAUGAAAUCAAAAGUUUUGGUUGGACAGCAACUAGAGAUGCAACGAUUUUAGGUAUUACAGAAAUCUCAGUUAGUCACUCUGUUGUAAUGCAGAAUAUUCCUUCUUGGAUGCUUCCUAUGCCUCAAGUAGAUUUUCAUCUUCAAUAUAUUGUUAAGAAUGAGAAAACAAUAUCUAAGGAGUUUGUUGUUCAACAAUAUCUAAAUCAAAAUUACUCUUCAAUGCUCCAUUUCUUCACAGAUGGCUCUAAAGAUCCUGUAUCAGGAAAUUCAUCUGCAGCUGUAUAUAUCCAAAGAUUACAAGACAAAAUUCAGAAAAGGAUAACUAAUUUUGUAUCAGUCUUUACAACAGGGCUAAUAGCAAUUUUAUUAGCUAUUCAGUGGGUGGAGGAAGUUCAGCCUACUAGGGUAGUCAUCUGUACUGAUUCCUUGUCAGCUUUAAAUAGUUUAUUAAGUGAACAAUCAACAUCAAGGAAGGAUUUAAUCUAUGAAGUACUUAUAAAUCAGAAUAUAAAUUCCAUAUUAAUACUACCGAUUAGUUUAUUUAUGUAAUUAUUGUUAUUUUGUCAUGUAUUUAUUUAUAUUUAAUUACUUAUGUUUAAUUAAUUAAUUUAUUUUUAUUUAUUUCUUUAUUUCUUUUCCUGUUAAUGCUUCAUACUCCAGUCCAGUUGGUGGCGGUAAUACACCACAAGUUGGCUUGUCAGCCGCCAUUAAAUCAUACAAGAAGAAGAAGAAGAAGAAGACUCUGCGCCAUCUUUGUUUUCCGUGUCUCGAAUAAAAGUGAAAGUAAAUGUUCAGAGUUAAUGUUUCUCAAUUUAAACAGAAUCAAUUCUAUACGGAAUUUCAAAGUGUUUCAUAGGAACUAAGCCAUGAUUUCCCUGUAGCUGCUUCAUUGAAAGGCGGUGGAUUUUGUGAAUCUGUGUAAAUAAGGAUCCGUUCAGCUGAAUUAUUGAGUUUGUUUGUCAUUUCUAUUCUAUUCUGGAGAUCAGAUUCUGUUUCAUCAUGGAGGACACACAAACAUCCACAGAUCAAGAGUUUUCUCCAGGAUGCAGAUUAUUUCAUCAGAAGAGAUCAUUAGCAGAGUCCAGCUGUGUGUCUGUGAGGAGUGAGGAGUCUAUGGAUCCUCCAGAAAAAAGUUUAAGAGUGGAGAUACAAAGACUGAUCUCAGUUCAGUUGAUCAGAAGAGAUCAGAAGCAGAGUCCAGCUGUGUGUCUGUGAGGAGUGAUGCGUCUAUGGGUCAACCAAUAUGGUUUAAGAAUGAAGAUACAAAGACUGAUCUCAGGUUCUUCUGUCUUCAGUCUGGACGAGGUGUGAGCGUCAUAACUCCAGGGACGGAUGAACACACGGCUCUACUGGACACGUACUCGGAGAACUAGACCAGAGGGACCCCGCCGAAAUACUGCUGCUCCCGGAACCAGAUUUCAGACAGACACCUCAGAUUUCUGAACCAAGUGGAGCUUGAAUGAGAUUUACCAAAGAAAAGAAAAUAUGAGGCAGAACGCACGCUUGCUGUUCUCUGGUGAAUUCUCUCUUCAUGAACAACAAUGUAGAGCUGUGCACAC